GGGUCGCCUGGCGCCCCGGUCCCCGACCCCUCGCCUCGCUAGUCGCUUAGCGUGUAGCGAGGCGUGCAGUCGCGUCGGUAGACAUUCAGACUCGCUUCAAAACUAAAUUAUCUCACAAUGUACACAGUAACUCCAUUACCUAUUGAUUUGAAACCCCGUUUUUCACAUAACACCGACGAAAAACUCAUCUCAGCGGUCUACAAAAGGGAGCCUUUAUGGAACCCGGCUAGCGAGUUGCACAAAAACUCCGUCGUGCUAAAGAAACUGUGGCAUAGCAUUGCGCUUGAAUUGGGGAAAGACGUUACAUCAAUAAAGACGAGAUGGAAAAACCUGCGAGCGUACUUCAUAAAGGUCCACAGGAAAAGCGACUGUGGGGAUCAGAUGUCCACCAUAACGUGGCAAUUCUACGACCAGCUGUCAUUUUUAAAGCACUGCUCCCCAGGAUUAGAAGGAAUCGGAGAUAGGGUGCGGGUAGAGAACGAAGAUAGCAACUCAUCUAUUGGGGAAACGCUGGAGGAUAAUACAGACGACAAACCCAAUUCAGAUUCCGAUUCAUGUGCAAGCCAACCUCCAAGAAAGAAACCACGAAACAUUGCUCCAAGAAUUGAACUCGAAGUAGAAAGGAUCAAAGAAAUACCAGAAGCUGAAAAUUAUCAAGAAAGGAAUUACGAUGACCAACAGUUCUUCGAAAGUCUACUACCGUAUGUGAAGAAUAUACCCUUGAUGAGAAAGCUUAAAUUGCGUUGCAAGAUCCAAGAGAUGAUUCUAAAAGAGCUGGAAGCUGUUGAGAAUGACAUAGCACAGCAACAAGCUCGUUUCACUGAAGUAUACGUGGAGCCAGUAGUUCAGAAUAUAUCUAAACCGGUACCGGAAUUAGUAACUGUUAAGAAAGAACCUGGUGGAGAAGAUUGAGUAGAACUUUAAAGAAGUGUUUUAUGACGGGCAGAUUAUCGCGACUCCGUCCGGAAUUCCUGAUUUUUUGGAUCUUUUAUUAUUAAAUAUGAUUAUGGUAAACGAAGCCUAUAUGGCAUGUCAUCCAGGCAUAUUAUGACAUAGCUAUGAAAACCAUAUGAAUUGAGUACUUCCGGAAAUUAGCUGAGACUGAAAAAAUGGAAACAAUUAUUAUAUUAUGAUUUGCUGUUCCUCUUUAAUCAUCCAAUUUCAUGUUUGAUUAUUUUAUUAGAUUUUAUUUAAAGUACAGAUAAUAAUUUUUAUAUAAAUAUUUAAAGUACAAUUGUUUUUUAUAUAAUAGAGUUGAAAUUUUUAGUUUUGCAUUUAAAUACUUUGUAAUCAUUUAAUAUUCAUUUAAAAUCUAUUCGGUCAAACGCAGAUCUCUGAUCUUGUAUGUCAAAUAUAUAUAUGUUUAUAUAGAGAAAGAUAGUGUAGAGAUACGUAAACAACCAAAUAGAAGCUAAUAUGAAAUUGCUUCAGGGUAGGUAAUUCGAGCAAUAAAACAAAGUGAUAUUCAAAAACUUUUUUUAUUUUUUAUUACUUUCAAUUCAAAAAUCCAACAUGAUGUUAUGCAACCUAUAUUAUGCUCCCUUCCGUUAUAUUAUGAAAAAAAAUUAAAUGCACGAUCAUAACAUGUCUCAUUCAAACCUUUUUUAUUUUAUUUUAAAACUAAAUUAGAUAGUUACAGGAAAUAUGACACAAAAUAAAGGCAAUCUUCACGAUCUUAUCUAGGAAGGU